AUGGGAGGUAGCCACACACGGUCGGGACAUGGACACUGUUUCCCACUUGGCUUGCCUUCAAGGGAAGUUGUUAGUGUGGCUGACUUUCCAGAGCGUUCCGCUGUGGUCCACAAACACCUGAACUAUCACCACCACGACCAAUUCUUCGACCGCCGGACCUUUGAGGUCGCGGCCUGUCCCACCUCCGUCCAUGAGGAGGAAGGUCUGGAGGAUGAGGAUGAAGAUGAGGACGAGAUAAUCCAGAGGGCGCAGGCACGCGUGGAGAGGGUGAGGGCGAGGAAGGCCGCAGAAGAAAAGGCUGCCAGAGCAGCAGCAGCUAGAGAGAAGGCGGCGCAGGAGGCGCGAGAGCGGGCCCGUCGAGCACAACAACAGGAGGAGGAGGUGUCUGAGAGAAGGAGGCUGUUGGCCGCGGCGGCGACAGCUCGGAGUCAGAGAAGGACCUCUCCAAGUGAGGUGUCGGUUUUGCCGCAGAGACCGGUGGUCGAAAUUUUGAAGAAGAGCAAAGGAAAAGGCAAGGCUAAGGCCCAGCCUGUUGAUGAAGACCCAGAUGACGGCGAUGACGGCGACAACGAUGACGACGAGAAGGAACCCUGCGAACGUUGUGACCUUCCAGGAAACACGACUACCCAUUGCGAGGGCGCGAAGGGGUUUCAAGGGGGGGUAAUGUCAUGCCCUGACCGCAACCAAACCAACCCCAGCACCAGCCCACAUGUUCUCACAUUCCCGACUCUCCUUCCACCUCCCCAAGACAUCCCUGAGGCAUACAACUCCUACUACGCAAUAUCAUACGGUCCCGCACUCUUACCUAACCUCCCUGGACCUCCUGGGAACCCCCUCAAGGGUCACCAUCUCAUUGUUCCAGCCACUACUAGGUCAUUCCCGUCCUCGGUCACGGUUCCUGUAGCUCCCUUCGAGCUCCAGCCUGCUCCUAGCACGCUACAACAUAAACCCUCAUAUACCAAUCCCUACCAUAAGACCCAUUCCGACCCCGGUCUCCACAGGCGCAGGGUUGUGGACAGUGAUGAGGAAGAGGAGAGGGAGAUUGAAGGGGAAAUGGAGAAGGACAGGGAAGAAGUGGAGGAAGGAGAGGAGGAGGCGCCGGCGCCAAAUAGGGCAAAGGCGGCAACCUCUGAGAAGGGAAAGGAAAAGGAGGUGGUAGAGUAA